CUCCCUACUUCCCUCUCUGCCUUACCCCUCCCUUCUUCAAUUCCCUCUUUUCAAUUUCCUUUCUCCCAUCCCUUCCAAAAAAAAAGUUUCCAUCUUUAUAACCCCAAACCCAAGCUUCUCCAUAACUCAACUGUCUCUAACACAACACUCUACCCUUUUCCCUUGACUUCUUCAAUUUCAGGCCCAAAGCCAAAGAAAGCAAAAUUCCUCUUAUCCAAAGUUUGGGAAACAAAAAAGCUUCAAGCUUCCAUCUUUAUUCUUCUUCUACGUCUCAAAAAGCCGCUUUCUUUACACAUAUGUGAUCUUUAUUCCUUAUUCCUUUUCUCUCUUAUAUUUGGUUGCACUCUCGCAAACUUCCCUCAGUAUCAAGGAAACGGGAAUUCCUUCUCUGUCCUUCAAUGGGUUUCUCGGCAGAGAAAUCUCAGGACGGUAAAUGGGUAAUUUCCGGCAUCUCGCUCCGGGCUCCCUUGAAGCCUAUCUACACGACGGCGGCGGCGGAGAAAGAUGCUUGCGGCGAGGUGGACGACGAGCCGUACGGAUCUCCGACGACUCCCAAGAGCGAAGAGGCGAGGAUACCGGCGAGGCUUCCCUGCCCGCCGCCGCCCAGGAAGCGGAGGGCCACCAGCUUGAAGCGGAAUUGCAACGGCGGCGGCGCGAGGGAGUUCUUCGUCCCUCCUGACUUGGAUACCGUCUUCGUACGCCGUCACGUUCAAAGGGCUGGCUAGCUGCUUUGCUUAACCUAGUAAUUUUAAUAUUUACUAUAUAUAAGCUGAUUCGACUUACUUUUAGCUAGCCAUGUUUGAGGUUUGAUUUAGUGAUUUAAUUCUGAGUUUAAUUAGUGAUUUGAUAUUUUACGUCUUAUAAUUAGAUUCUCUUGUUUUCCCACAAUCAUUAUUUUUCUACUCUAGUACAGUAUAACUUGUGUAAUUGGUUGAAUUUUAGUUUGUAUGAGACGUAAAUAAAAUUCAAGUAUAUUGUUGUUUUUUGUUGCAUAUUGGUCAUUUGUAUUUUUUUGAAUCUUGUAACCUUAGCAGAUUUAUCAGAUCACAAUUUUUUUUGUCUAAUUGUCCAUUUUGCUGAGAACUAUUUAAAAGGUUGAAGAAAUAAGGCAUGAUGGUUAACCCAAGAAAGGUUAUGGAUAUGAGGUUGUCCGAUAUUCAUAAUUUUGUUCUAUAGGAAUUGGCCUGAUAUUUUGUGUCGAAAAUUAGAUAUCUUCUCUCUGUAAAAGAAAAUUGUUGAAUUUUGCUGAGUACAUUAGUGAAGGGAUUUCAAACAAUAAUGUGUUCUAGUUAAGAAAGAAGAUGGGUACUUGGUGGUAGUUCUGGUGUUGACCAUUGAAGGACAAGCUAGCUAGGACUGGGGCAAUGGUUGAGUUUGGCUUUUCUUCUUCUUAUCUUGGUUAACCCUUAAUGGCUAAUGUCUACAGCUAGUACAAAGCUUUGUACUUUCUGUUUUGCAUCUCUUAUUUCAUACUCUGAUUGAUGGGGAUCCUUUCUUUCCACACCAAACUGUUCAUCUUUCAUGCCUAAGAAAAUGACACUUUGUAUUUAGCCCAAAACCCCCCAUCACAAAAGCUUACUAGUCAGUAGUCAGUGCAAUGGAAUCAAAGGGCUAAAAAGUUAGAACGAGGUUAUGAUUUUGCCUAUGGUUUUCGUCUUCUCGCCUAGGAUGAGGCUUCUCGUGCCCUACUAUGAAGUAAUAUUCUGUCGUGGAAAUAGGUUACUAGUAUAAAUUGAUUCUAAUAACUUAUGAUUAAGGUACAAAUUUGAGAAUAAAAUUUAUACCAUUUUUCUGUAUAAUUUUUCCACUACAAGCUAGUACAAAUAUCUAUACCUCAUACAUAGAAUCAAUCAUUAUUAUCUCAAAUAUAGACUACCGAAAAAAAUGUUAUACUCUCAAACACAGAAACCUAGUAGAUGUCCCUAACAUAUCCUAGAUAUAUAAACAAAAACUAUCUCAAAAGGCAACAUCAAAUCUAGCGUGUGAGAUUAGGACAAUUUGAGCAAAGAGUAAUUACUGGGCAAAAAUCACUCGCUUAUUCUCCGUAAUGAUAAUGCGGCGGGUGUCUUCAUAUUGCUACCCCUCCAGUGGUACGGGUAGGUAUUGAUUAGGGCAGCUAAUAUUCACACGGGAUAUGGAUCGUGGCAGUAGGUUAACCUAUUUUUUCAUGAGUAAAAAAGAAAAAUAUGCAAUUUUUUUAUUUAAUAUGAAAAUACAAAGAGAAACCCCCUAUAAAUAAAACAUAUGAUGUACACAUGUCUAAGAAACCCCAAUUGUGUGGGAAGUAUAAGUUUUCACAAACAUAUAUAAGUUUAUGAAGAAGUCAAAAUAACAGAUAUUGACACGAGUGAACAUUACUGAAAAUUAAGAUAAAAUGGGUUAAAAACAUACAUAACAUACCAAUUCAUUACGAGACACAUAUCCAAUCUACUGCUACUCACGAUAUGUAUAAUACCUCCUCAAAAUAUAUCGAAUGAAAUCGGAUAAUUAAAAUCAAAAUUGACAAUUCUUUUAACUGCUUCCAUAAAAGGGCAUCAUACUAUAGUAUGGCAUCAAACAUUAUUUAAGACAUUGUUUGGGUGGUUUUGAAUUUAGAGUUAUUACACUAUGGUAUUGUCCCACUUUCCUCCCCACAUGACUGCGACGAUGGUGGGGGAGAAGGUUCUCACUUCUGAUGAUCACCACUUCUCACUUCACUUGCUCUCUUUCUUUCUUUCUUCCUUUUUGGCAGAAUAGAAUAUAACUCGGCUUCUUCUUCAAAAGGACAAACGACAUGUGGGAUCGAUUGGGCACAUUUAUAAGGCGAUACCAGUCAUAUUAUAUGCAUUCCAAGAUUAGAAUCCUAUGCACCAUUAUUACUGAAGGGACAUUAUUGUUUAAUGACACUUUCCAGUUCCAUGAACACAAAAAGCCUCCAAUCAACCAAUAAUUGAUCCCAACUGCACCAUAUAUAUAUAUAUUGUUUUCUAAUACAGGCUACGUAAGCAU